AUGCUUAACACCAUCUUUUCUUUGCAAGCUUUUAGAAAUCUGGAUACAAAUGCCAUGAUCUUAGCAUACGACUAUGCGCUGUAAUACAUUAAUGAGCUCUAAAAUUAAAUUGAACAAUUAGAGAAAAGCGCAAUAGAUAUAAUUGUAGAAAAAGAUUAAAUUAUAGAACAAUUAGAAUUAGAAUUAUAACACUCUUCAAGAAGAACAAGUUUUCAUAAUUAAGAAGAAGUUACUUAAUACAAGAAUCAUAUUUAAGAAUUAUAAACCAGAUUGGAACAUCUUCAAACCAAACAUUAUGAAUAAUUGUAAGAAUAAGAAAAAGUGUGGAACUAAUAUUUAUUAGAUCAAAUUGCAUAGAAUGAAUUCUCAGUCGAUUAAAAAUUGAAGAGUCAUUUAGAAUAAAUUUUUAUUUUAGAAGAUAAAAUAAAUAAACUAGAAAAUGAAUUAGAUAUUAAGGAAAAUAUGCAGAUAUCAUUGAUUAACUAAAAUAAAAUGUUUAAAGAAAGCAAUGCCAAGUUGGAAGAAGUUCAAAUUACCUAAAAUAGAUAAUUACUAAGAUUACAAAUCGAACUAGAACAAUGGCAAUCAAAUAAUUCUAAAGAGAAAAACCAAUACUUAGAACAAAUCAAUUCUGCAAAUUAAGAAUUAUAGGAAUUACAAUCACAGACUUCAGCUUUUAAAAUACAAAAUCAAAAAUUAAACAAUCAAAAUAAGAUCUACACUAAUACGAUUGGUGAGUUGAUGGUCAAAAAAGCAGAGUUAGAAUUACUAAUCUAAUCUUAGAAAAAUGAGAAAUAGGAAUCAAAUGGGAAUAGUAAAACUGGAGCCUUUUCUUCUAUUGAUCAAUAAGGAGAUAAUCAUCAAAUUAGAGAGGACAUUAACACAACAGCCUUUGAUAUUAAUGAAGAUACUGCAGACAUAAAAUAAGAAUUAGCAUCCUUUUAAUUUGAUGAGAAUAAUGUUAAUUUUAAUCAUCUCAAAAAAAGCUAUUCUAAUUAUUCAUUCCAUUCAGAAAAGAAGGAUAAUAUUGAUUUAGACAUACAUCUAAAAAAUUCAAUUAAAACAAUCAAAUAAUUAAAUGCUUAAGUCUAAUUACUCACCUAACAAAUCAGAGUAUUGAAAAGGUAGAAUGCGAACUAAAUAAAUGCGAAAGAAUAUUUAAACAUCAUGGAAUAGAACUACUCAAAUUCAGUCUAAUUAAAAUAAUAACAAAUCAAGACAUUAGAAGAGAAAUUGACUGUACAGAAUUAAGAAAUAUUACAAUUAAAAUAAAAAGUUAAGUAAUAUACUUAAAAACUCAUUAAAUAUAAUAAGAGAUUAACCAGCAUUCAAAGCAAAUGA